GUCUGUUUUCGCUUCAUAUAAAAAGACAGUUGGUCAUUCAUAAUUAAACUGAAAACAAAUAAAUUAGUAAUGCAGCACCAAAAUACAUACAUCAUACUUAAAAAAAUUACGAUCCUACUUACAAAUUAUACUGACAUUGAUCUUUACUACGCAGGCCGAAGAAACACUGACUGUCUGGCCCGUCAGACGAUACAUUAGGCUGAUUAGGCUCUUGUUUAUUUUAAGGUGUAUCCACAUCUGACGAAGACUGCAUUCGACAAAUUCGAAUGCACUACCUAUUAGGUGGAAGAAUGAUUAUACGAAGGCGUAUCGUUCUUUACAACAACAAUUAUAAACACGUUAUCGGUGAAACACGCUGAACCUUAACUGAUAUCAAGACCUGGCCACAAGUAGUCAGCUGGCUACAACCAGAGUGAUAAGUCGGUGGUGUCGAGGAGGUCUUAUCUGGCCGCAGCCAACUAAUCUACAGUGACAAAUAUGUAUACAGGCUGUCUCCCGCCGCUCGCAAGUCCCGCAUGUUUACACUAAAUUGACUAUAGAGUUGUAACCAAACGCGCCGUACGAAUAACAUUUUAAUAUAAAAUCUACAGAUAUACAUACAUGUUACAGGCAUACAUUGUACAUAAACAUCUGACAAGCGCGCAUCUCUACCGCUACCCGCAUUUCCAAUUCAUUACUACUCGUAACUACAAUACAGAUACGUUUUAUUGUAUUACUAAUACAUUUUGGUGCGCCAUGGCACUUUACGUUAGAGUGAGCAUCACUAACAACUAUAUUUAUAUAUAAGCGACAAGUUCGAUAAUCUCCUGUACAUCGUUCGAUAAAUACUACCGUUUACUCCCGCUACACUCCUACUUCGAGAUCUAGUCGAAAUGUCCACAUAAAGUAAUUAAAGAAUGUCAAUAACAAGAUAAAAAUAAUUUACAAUGUCAUCAGUAAAACAGCAUGG